AUGGACCCCCGUACCAGUGCCCAGGACUUGAUGCGAUGUGACUUGUGUGAGACCACUGUUGUACAGAUGCACUGUGAUACAUGCCUUGUCAACCUGUGUAAGGCCUGUGUGGGAGAACACAUGAUCUCCGAUGAAUCCAACGACCAUAAAGUUGUCAAAUUUCAGGCCAGGAAAUCAACUCUCCUCUACCCUAGAUGUACAACUCACAGAGAUAACAGCUGUGAGUUGCAUUGCAAGGAAUGCAAUACUCCAAUUUGCUCCGCUUGUAUUGCCUCCAGAAAUCACAAAGAACAUGACAUCCACUUACUAAAAGACAUUCUUGCCAGGAAGAAGGCAGCAAUCCAGACAGAAAUCAAUGAAUUGGAGGAAUCCAUCUGUCCAACCUACUUGGACAUAGCAACGGAUAUACAAAAUACACUGAGUCAGCUAGAUGCGAAACAUGAAGAACUGUCAACAGCCAUAACAAAACAUGGAGAGGCCUGGCACAGAGAAAUUGAAAAACUUGUCAAGAAACUUAAAGCUGAAAUUGACGGGAUGAAAAGCACACAUAAUGAAACUCUAGAAGCACAUUUAUCUAAUGUACGUUCAUGCACCUCUAAGAUAAAUGAUGACAUUAAUUCUUUACACAAAUUAAUAGACUCUACAGAUAUUUUGAAAGUGUUAUACUUCCAAUUAGAAUAUAAGAAAUACAGGUUACUUCCGUCUAAAUUUAACAUAACAAUGGCACAAUUUUCACCACCUUCUAUACAGGAAGAGAUCUCUGAAGUAUUUGGAAAAAUAAUUCCAACAACGGUAUCAUCUGAUAACCAUGGUUACAGCAUAAGAACAGCAGAGAGAUUGCUAGGAGCUGAAAUGUCUCCUUUACAAGAGAAAAAAACAGACACUGGAUCCUCUCCUCCUGUCAAACAGCUGCUUGAUGAACCACAGACUGUCACCACCAUAGACACUGGGUAUCAAUAUUACAUGUACCUUAACAACGUGGCCUGCCUGAGUGAUGAAGAAAUCUGGACAAGUGGAGAUGACCACACAAUGAACUUCUACAGCAUCAUUCAGGGAUCACUACUCAAGUCAAUCACAACAAAGUCUGGAAACUGGCCUUAUGACAUAGCAGUGACAAAAAGUGGAGAUCUAGUUUAUACUGAUCAGAUUAAUAGAACUGUGAACAUAGUGAAGAAUGAAGGAGUAGAGGAGGUGAUCAGACUACAGAACUGGAAACCUAGCGGUGUCUGUUGUACCUUCUUUGGGGACCUGUUGGUUACUAUGUAUGGUGAUAACAAGCAAUCAAAGGUUAUCCGUUAUUCUGGAUCCACAGAAAAACAAACAAUUCAGUUAACAAAUAAUAGUUACAUACAGAAUUAA